CAGUAAGCAUCAAGUACCAAACGGUAUUGGGAAACUCUGUUGUGAGAAUAUGGCUCUUACACUUGAGUGUGCCCUCUCUCACAUACUCAGUUUCCUAGUGUUCCUGUUAAUAUUCCUAGUGAACCCUUCCUUCUGCUUCAACCCCAAAAAGCUUGUGAAUGCUUCAUUCUCAUACACCCCAUCUGCUUCAGAUUGGUCACCGGCACUUGCCACUUGGUAUGGACCUGCUAACGGUGAUGGAAGUGAAGGUGGUGCUUGUGGAUAUGGAGUUACUGUUGGCCAAGCUCCAAUCUCUGCAAUGGUAUCAGCAGGAAGCCCUCGUUUAUAUGAAAACGGCAAAGGCUGUGGUUCUUGUUACGAGGUGAGGUGCACUGGAAAUUCAGCAUGCUCGGGGGAGGCUGUGAAGGUAGUGAUGACAGAUGAGUGCGAUGGGUGUGGUUCAGAUGCCGAAUACCAUUUUGAUUUGAGUGGCACUGCUUUUGGUGCCAUGGCUCUCUCAGGUCAAGAUGGCACCUUGCGCAAUGCUGGCAAAAUCAACAUUCAGCAUCGAAGAGUUGAAUGCAACUACCCUGGUGUGUCAAUUGCAUUCCACGUGGAUGCUGGAUCGAACCAAGAAUACUUCGCUGCCGUGAUUGAAUACGAGGAUGGAGAUGGUGACCUUUCAAAAGUUGAACUCAAAGAAGCACUUGACUCAGCCUCAUGGUACACCAUGGAUCAAUCAUGGGGUGCUGUUUGGAAACUUGACAAAGGGUCACCACUCAGAGCACCUUUCUCUCUUCGGUUAACCACACUUGAGUCCGGUAACUCUAUUGUGGCCAACAAUGUCAUACCUGCUGGCUGGGUUCCCGGUCACACCUACAGAUCCAUUGUUAAUUUUCAAACCUAGCUAGCUAGCUUAACUCAAUAAUAAGAGAAAAUAUUCAGUUUGGUUCUGAAGUUAUAAAUUUUAAUUUAGUCCGUAAAAUUUUAAUUGCCGCAAUUUAAUUUCUAAAGUUUUCAAAUUUUAAUCACGUUAAUUUCUGUGAUGGUUUACAUCAUAGAGUUAAUUAAAAAAUUUAGGAACUAAAUUGAGGCAAUUGAAAUUUUAAGGACUAAAUUGAGACUCGAAUCUAACUUUAGAAACCGUAUCAAAUGAAAUAUUUUCUCCAAUAAUAAUGCUACACAAAUAUAAAUACAGAGAUAAGGUAAUAAAGACAAAAAAAAAUAGAGUCAGAGAUAUAUAAAGUAUUUUUGUUCUACAAACGAGAACAAAAAUUAUCCGUCUCUAUAGAUUUUUCUGUCUUUAUUUUUCCGUGUCUAAAACUUUAAUUUCUGGGGAGCAAAUUUCAAACACAACCUAAAUCUAUACAUGUCAUAUAUCUUUGUAUGGAUUUACACUAUUCAAGAUAUUGAAUAGAAUAGCUUUGAUAAAUAUCUAUACUCCGGACCUAUGUAUUUUGAAGGAUUUGUGUAACAUUAUUGUUGACAUAUAACUAUAUGUGUGUACCACCAACAUUAUUAUGUGAUAUCCUCUACAGAAGAAGAUAAAUAAUAUAAGUCGUCCUAUUAGUGGACUUUGGAUUGUC